AUGGCCGGCGAGUCGCAGAUACCCGACCUCGUGGCGGCCCUUGAGCAUGCAGCUCUGAUCGCAAGGCAGCUGUCGCCGUUGACGCCGGCCGCGCAGGUCACCGAGGCCCGGGAGUCGCUCAGAGUCGUUCAGGUGCGGAUCGAGAGUUUCCUUUCUGCCGUUGAGCCCUCCCUUUCGUCGGCCGCCACACCGGCGGAGGACGAGCCCAUGGUCGACCGUGAGGAGUCAGAAGUGGAGAGCCUUCAGCGGGGUGUCGAACAGUGGGGUCUGCAAAAUAAGCGCCGGAAGCGGCCCGCUUCCCCGUCGUCUACCUCACCCGAGCCGCUGGACUUUUCCGGCCGGAGGUUAUCGUUCAAUCGGGCAGACUACCUUCGCUCGUUAGAUCUCGUGUUUCAGUUCCACGGGUGA